GAACUCGUUUCCGUUUUCGUUUGGGUCUCCACAAACCACAAGCGAGGAGAGAAAAAAAGCCGGAAAUGAUUAAGCAGAUAGUUUUUGUCACUGUGUGAAAAUGUGUAAAGUUAAAAUGCUGAGAACGCUGGUGAAGCAGCGACUCAACGUGGCCGUCGAAGAGAUAUUCGAGCUUUUUGAGAGGACGAUCGCGGAGUACGAGGAGGAAUUUUGUCGAGCCAAGGAGAAAAACGAGCGACGACGACGACAAGUUCUCGAGCCCCGCGUUCAAUUACAAGAACCAGACGUGCAGCGGGUGUCGGCGGACAGCCGAGAAGAGGGGCCGGCCGAGCUCCAGCGCAUUAAAGAGGAAGAGGAGGACGUGCAGAGCAGUCGGGAUGGGGAGGCUGACGUCAACACGUUCGCGCUCGCCGGUGGCCACUCGAAGAGCGAGGAUGACAAAGGUCACGCUUCACAGCCUCCUCACAGUCCGAGACAGAAAAACAGAGGCAGCAAAAUGAGAACAGAAGCUGACGGGGAGCACUCACGACGGGACAACACGGCUCCACUAAGACAAACGGACGACGCGACGUCGCUCUCUUCGGACACCGAUCGCAGCAACCGCAGCAGAAAACCUUCCGAGGCUAAAAAGAAGUCCAAAAGCGGCACGACGCAUCACGCCGACAACCAACAGUUCAUCUGCUCCGAAUGCGGGAAAAUAUUUGUCCACAAGGGAACAUUGAACCGACACAUGAGGACGCACACCGGAGAGAAACCCUUCAGCUGCGCAGUUUGCGCUAAAAGAUUCUCCACCAACUCGGAUAUCAAGAUACACAUGAGAACGCACACCGGGGAGAAGCCAUAUGCGUGUUCCUUUUGUGCCCGAAGAUUCCCCAUCAAGUCAAACAUGAAGAUACACGUGCGGGUCAAACACACGGGCGAGAAGCCCUUCACCUGCUCGAUCUGCCCUCAAAGGUUCUCCCGCAAGUCCGCCGUGAAGCUCCACGUGCAGGUCAAACACACGGGCGUCAAGCCCUUCACCUGCUCGCUUUGUCCCAAAAGGUUUGCCAGUAACAAAAACGUGAUGAUACACAUGAGGACGCACACCGGGGAGAAGGCGUUCUGUUGCGACCUGUGCGGGCGGAGGUUCUCUUACAAGUAUCAGCGGGACAAACACCAGUGCGCCGUGUCAAUACAUUCAAACAUGUUGAAACGCACCGUAGAUUUGCCAAAGAUGGCGGCCCGUUCUGCGCAUGCGCAGUAUGGCUUUUUGGGCGGAACUGUCUACUCUGUCAAAAUGUGCAAAGUCAAAAUUUUGAGAGCGUUGGUCAAGCAGCGACUAAAUGUGGCCGUCGAAGAGAUAUUCGGACUGUUCGAAAGAACCAUAGCCGAGUACGAGGAGGAACUUUGCCGAACAAAAGAGGAGAACGAGCGCCAACGCGAACUUCUCGACAAUGUUUUCAAGCAUCAAGGCGGAUUGCACGCACAAGACGUGCAGCAGGUGUUGGUGGAGAGUCAAGACGACGACGGCGUUCCCUCUGAGGAGGAGCCGGUGGUUCCGCGCCACAUUAAGGAGGAAGAGGAGGAGGACGCGUGGGAGAGUCAAGCCCCGCACAAUUUCGACAUGGCCACGGUCACGCUGUCCGGUGUCCUUGUGAAGAGCGAAGACGACGGCGCUCAUUCCUCGCAGCUUCGUCGCAGUCAAAGUGAUGAGAACGGCGGCGGCGCAAGCGAGAGCAUGAAAACGGAAGGCGGCGGAGACUUCUGUGAAUAUCUGCAAUCGCAAGCAAACAACUCGGCCCCGCUGUCGGAUAUGGACGACGUGAUGUCGCACUCGUCUGACACCGACAACGCCAAAGAACCUUCGGACUCCAAAGGUGACAAAAAACUGUUCAUCUGCUCCGACUGCGGCAAAACCUUCGUCAACAAAAGCGUUUUGAAAAAUCACAUGGUCACGCACACGGGAGAGAAACGCUUCGCGUGCUCCGUUUGCAAUAAAAGAUUCUCCUUGAAGCAUCACGUGAACAGACACAUGAGGAUACACACGGGCGAGCAUCCCUAUUCCUGCUCGGUUUGCGGCAAGGGAUUCCGAGAUAAGUUCGGCUUGAGAAGUCACAUGAGUAAACACACCGGCGAGAAGCCUUACUCGUGUCCAAUUUGCGCAAAAGGUCUGUCGUGUAACUCCUCGCUCAGGAUCCACAUGAGAUUGCACACCGAGGAGAAACCUUUUACCUGUCCGGUUUGCGGCAAAGGUUUCUCCGGCAGCUCGUCUUUCAGCGUCCACCUGAGACAACACACGGGGGAGAAACCCUUCGUCUGCCCCAUUUGUAGCAAAUGUUUCUCCCGUCAAGAAACGCUCACGGUACACAUUAAACGGCACACUGACAACCAAGAGUAACUGUGGCGCAAUGGUGCCUCCCGCAGGUAGCUCGCGGUACUACCACAGCUAUAUGGUUUUGGCCGUUUCGAUAGCCUUCAUAUCCAGCUUAAGGUCCGUGUACUAGUACGCUAUUUGUCCUCACUAUUGAGACAAUUCAGCGCACUAGUAGAAUGACUGUGUCUUACAAAUAACAUUUGUUCAGCUACUAGUGUCACUUUUGGGCUUCUAGUGCAACCUUAAGAUGGAUGGAUUUAUUAAAUUGAAUAAAUGCUUAAGCGGCUUUCCCUGUCUUCGCUAUCCAUGCUAUUGAAUAAAUGCGCAAAAUGCUUCAAUAUGAAACGGUGAUUGAGAAUUUAGUCCAUAUCCUUGAUAUCCAGGUAAAGGUCCAAUGUACUAGUGCACUCUGUCCUCACAAUACAACACACGAGUAGAAAGAUUAGGGCGCACUAGCAAAAUAAUUGUCAUACUUGUAAUGUUCUUCCCACCCCCACCACUGCUAGUUCCAAUUUUGGGCCUGUAUGCCAUUAGUACUUUAUGGAAAGCAGUUUGAGCAUUUAGCCGAUGUCCUUGAUUUCCAGCUUAAGGUCCAUGUACAAACAGGGCACUUGUAGAAUAACUGCGUCUACGCGUGCUAGUAGUACUACUAAUAACAUACAAUUCUACUGAUUAACAUCUAGCGCUUCACAAGUAUUACUAGUAGCGCACUGAUGUCAACUAAUGCGCAGUUCUGCCUCGCUAGUCACAUGUAAUUGUCCAACUAGUAUGCCAGAGUUGUCCUACUAGAGUGCAGAAAUGUGAUUCACGAGUGGGGGGGGAGAAAAAUAAAUACUAGUAAGAUAGUCUUUGUACUAGUGUGCUGCAUUGUCUUACUAGUGAGGACAAAAUGCAGACUAGUACCUGGACCUUAAGAUGGAUGUCAAGGGUAUUGAAUGAAUGCUCAAAAGGUUUUCCAUAAAGCCAUUUUUCCAUAGAAAAAUGUGUGUGUGUGUGUGUGUGUGUGUGGGGUCUCUCUUUCUCAAAAAAAAGAAGUUUCAAUUAUGUGUACAGUAAUCCCCCCCAGAAGGGCUCAGCCCCUAUCCUAAAAAAUCGCUAGUCAUUGACCCCUCCUCACAAUUGUUUAUAAUUGCCUAUAGUAAUAGUAUAAACUGUAAAUAUUCCACCAAUUAUUAUACCAAAACACUUUGAAGUCCAACUUAUUUUGCAUUAUCCUUGAAAAUAAGUGGCUUACAGAUGAUUUUGAGAAAAAUGCAAAAUAAAGUGCACAUACACGUGCACGUGCGGCGAAGAGGCUCCGCAACUUUCGUGAACAACCCAGGCUAAACGUCGCUCCUCCCCGCUUGUGUCUCUCGGUCGAGAUGCGCCACUGCAACAUAUUUCCUUGUCGCCUGUCUCAAUUGAGGGGGGGGCUUUUUCCUGUGGCAUUUUACGGCGUUUCAGAAAGAGCACACAAAACACGAAUGGGACCGUUUUUGCAGGAAAUCGCUGGGGAUAGGUUCCAAAGGGGUUGGAGGGGAAGAAAAAAAAAACGCAAAUAGGGGAAUUUGUGAAUAGUGAACUCCCAAUUUGUGGAAUAUUACUAUACCCUGUUGAAAAAGAAAAUACUUUCCCAUUUUACUCUGUGCCAAAAGAUUCCAAGAACAUUUUGCCAUGAAGUGAACAUCUAGCUGAAGCUGAAAAUCACCUAUCAGUUUUUUUUUUUUUUUAUAUAAAAAGUAAUUUGUAAGAAAUGUAUCCAUUUUUGACUUAUAAUAAAAACACUCGUGUGAACCUUU